GAACCCCUCGCAUUCCCUUCCGAUUUCUCUGCGCAUGAGCGCGAAGACCUUGGCCUGCAAGCACUCGCUAUAUUCGAGCGCAGAAUACGUGUAGGUCACGCUUACGACCUUCUGGACGGUAUCAAGCAAUCCCUAAACCAUCAAGGCGCGUUCCUCCUUGACAAGCGCAAGCACGCACGGGGACAGAAGGACAACAUGCGCUCGCAGACGCAGGUCAAUACCGCAGUUGCGCAUACGCGAGCAAUCGCUGGACUCUACAACUACAACCGCGAUCGGCUUAUCGCGUUGUGUGCGGACCAAGCGGACAUCCUGACCGCAAUCAAUCUGGACAACGAUCUCAAAAGCAAAAAUUGGCGAAGUCCUCGACAACUGGGAGACAGUCGCGAGGAGGCGAGUUGGAUAUGGAAGGUCGUGCCGCCAUGGAGGACAGAAGGCGAGGCGGAGGCCUGGCAACUCGAAGUCGAUCGCGUUCAAUGGUUUCGGGCGAGAGCAGAGAAGGACCGAGCGAAUGAAGAGGUCAACAAGCUUCACGCCGAAUUCAAGCGAACAAUACUCGGGUUCAAGAGCAUGUCCAAUGCAUGGGAAGCAGUAUCCACGAAGACGGAUUUGUCAGAGGGGGCACGCGUAUAUGCCAGGAAGAAGGCGGACAUGUUCAGCAAGCUUAGUCUUCAAUGUGCUAAUCACUUUGCGAGCACACGGAAGGAC